CGCGCGGAGGUGCGCGCGCGAGAGAGUGCGCAGUCACGAGCGUGUUUGUAAACACCAUCAUUAGCCUUAUAAAGCAGACAAACAGAGAUGCUGCUUUCACACAACCUGUUAGCUACUUAUAACACGCAAUACAGUCUCCAGUUUAAUAUGGAUAUUAUUAUUAAGUGAUGCCCAAGCCGAACGCACAAACUUAAGGGUAUGAAGGAUUGUGUUUAGCCAGCAUGCUAGUUCACCUUAAGCCAAGGAAUAACGGUUAGUCAGCUAUUUUAUAAUACAGUACAAUCUGAACCCAAGCUGGUCAAGAUGCCAUGGCCAUUUUCUGAGUCCAUUAAGAAGCGGGCCUGCAGGUACCUGCUACAUCGAUAUCUUGGCAAUUUCCUCCAGGAGAAGCUCAGUUUGGACCAGCUUAGUCUGGAUCUUUAUCAAGGCACUGGCUCACUUGCUCAAGUGCCGCUGGACAAAUGGUCCUUGAAUGAGAUCCUGGAGUCUGUGGAUGCUCCAUUUGAGGUGAGUGAGGGCUUCAUUCAGGCCAUUUCUCUCACUGUGCCAUGGGCCUCGCUGCUUCAGGACAACUGCGCUCUAGAAGUGAGAGGCUUGGAGAUGGUGUUCAGACCAAGACCUCGAAUGGCAUCAGGCAUGGAGCCCAUGUGCUGGUCCAGUUUCAUGACUAGCAGCAUGCAGCUGGCCAAAGAGUGUUUAAGCCAAAGACUUACUGAUGAUCAGGGAGAGAGCUUUCAGCCUUUGGAGGGACUGGAAACAUUUGCUGAGACUAUCGAGACCGUGUUGAGAAGAGUCAAAGUCACUUUUGUGGAUACUGUCCUGCGGAUGGAGCAUGUUCCUGAAAAUUCUAAGACAGGCAUUGCUCUGGAACUUCGAAUCAAUAAGAUGGUUUACUGUGAUGAGAGUGUGGAAGAGGGCUCCAGUGUCAACAUCCAUCAGCCCACUACAUUUGCGCAUAAAAACCUCACUCUGGACGGAGCCUCUCUGUUCUGGGAUGAGUUUUCAGAAUCAGCACGUGCCGGACUAAAAUCAUCCCCCACUCAAGCAGAGACUGAACCCAAGCUUUCUCCAAGUUGGAACCCAAAAAUCAUUUGUGAGCCUCACCCUCAGUUUCCAGAGCCUGUGUCUUCCAGUGCACCGUUUGAACCAGUGCAGGUGGGCUGCCUUAGUGGCAAACUGGAGCUCUCCGUGGUUCUGAAGCAAAAUGAAGCCAUGCCUGGUGCUAAA